AUGUCUUCUCAUACAGGCACCUUCAACGUUCCUGCUACACGGGCAAGCCGCUAUGUAGACCCCGAUGUGCAUGAGGAGCUUGUAUUGGCCUUCGCGGAUCUGGAAGUUCGUCACGAGGAGCUCGAACGAAACUACGAUGACCUCGAGUAUGCGUACGAUCAGGCGAAGGCACUCGUCGAGCUCGCCCCUGACGACUCCGACGCCACAGAAAUGCCUCCCAACUACAACAAGACGAACAAUGACCCCUCAAACGACGACUGGUACGGCCCCUGUAUCGAGGCUCAGGCUAAGGUCCAGACUCUCGAGGCAGAAGUCGCCAACCUCAAGUACAAGCUCUUCGUUUCUGGGCUUACCGACCAGCCAUGGAGCGGAACCGUUGUUGCGCCUGCAGCCGAGAAUACUUCCCCCAACGAGCCACCGGAUGAAACCACUGUUACGUCUGCGGCCGAGACUGCUUCCCCCACUGACGAGCCAUCGGAUGAAACCAUCGUCGCGCCUGAAGCUGGUCCUGCUCCCACCGACGACGAGCCGAGAGGCCACAAGCGUACUCUCUCGCAGUCCGAGGUCGCAUCAACUGAGAAUGUCGAGAGCAAGAAGGCCCGCCCUGCAUUCUGGAGUGGAGACCUGACGAGGCGACCUAAGAAAAACCCAAAGAGACGUCAAGCACAGACACAGGUUUGA